AUGGCAAGAGGUAGGGGGGUUGAUUCAGACGCACCUGAUAGCGAACCGCGUGGAGGUCACGACCAAGAACGUUGCAUGCGUGGACGAGGGGUUAUACCUCCUCUAUCUCCUUCUCCUCCUCCUUCCGGCACACCUGGGGCUUCGUCUUCUAUUCAGCCCCUCGUGCGACCUCCACUUCCUCCUAUUCCUUCUUCUUCUUCCUCAUUUCCUGGACCGGCAGAGUCUACACCAGUUGCACAGUCCCCAUCUGCACCAGCUUCGGCUGAGCCACGUAUAGAAGUUAGUUUGGUAGCGGGACAUAUUUAUCCAUCCUUUCGAGCGUCAAGGCAAAUUAUGAGGAUCAUAAAGCUACAUCUCGAUAAAGAUGGAUACACUUGGGAUGCAGUACAACAGGAGGUGAGAGACUUUUACUGGAAUGAGUUUCAGCCUGCAUCUAAUGGUCAGUCGAGUGUUGAUGAGUUAGCCUUAUAUUUAGACUUGGUAGGAGGCCAAAAGAAAAGGAAGGUGUACGGCAUUGGCUCCCAAGCAUCACAGUUCUACUGCGGCUCAGCUUCAAAUGCUGCUAGUGCUCCACCAUCACAACCACAACCAAUCAUAGUGUCGAGGAGAUUAACGACUGCUACUUCGUUUGAUCCUUCGACUGUUACGAAUCUAAUGGUGCCAUCUACUACCAGGCAUCAGACGACAUCUUUCAUUCCUCCUCCAAAUACUGUAUAUGAUACUACAGAUAUGUUAGUGGCUCCUCCAGACACUGUAGCAAACCCAGAGGACACUACACCAGAUCUUGUAGCCACUUUAUUGGUACCCCUCCAAAGACCACCUGUACCCGAAACACCGACCUCACCCACAAGUCCAACAACCCCAACUGCACCAAUGGCAUCACUGUCUGACAUCCAAAACCUCAUUGAACAAUUGGAAGCCAAAAUGGAGGCUAGAAUGAAUGAGGCAUUGGUUGCCCAGAGGACUGCCCUAAUAGCCGAACUUGGUGGUGGUAAUGGAAAUGGGGCUUCCGCCGGGGGAAGUGGACCUUCUACCUCUAAUUUGGGACCUGCUGCAGAACCAAUAAACCCUACCCUUAACCUGGAUGGCAUGCCCUCUGGAACUGCUUCUGAGCUGGAAGCUCAGAAAAUGAUACGUAGAGAAACUAGAAUCCGUGGAAAGGUCUAUCAGUGCCCUCAAGACACACGAAAAAAUCGUGGACAAUGA